AAAUCAGAGCAAAGAGUAUAAUAAGUCAGAGUAAUCAGCUGUCAAAUUAAAGUUCUGCUGAUAGUAGGAAGAAGUUAUUUCCCAAUAAUAUAAGUUCAUUAAUUUUAAAAGUACUACCUAAAUAAAACCACUAAAGUCUGUUUCUUAAAAAAUUGUGACGAAAUGAAUAAAAUAAUUUCCUUACGACUUCGAUCAUGCCUGUGUUCUGCAAAGAGGAAUUUUUGCGCACCGCCACCAAAUACGCCGAGCUCCGCUUCAGGACCCACCAGUAUGGCUCCAAGAUACAAACCAACUGAUUUCCAGAAGUUCAUUUUAGUAUGGACCAAAAAGUACAAAUCAAAGGAAGAGAUCCCAGCCUAUGUAUCUGCUGAAAUCAUUGACAAAUCUCGCAGUCAAGCUAGGAUAAAGAUUGCAAAUGUGCUCAUGUUACUUACAGCACUUGCUAGUUUUGGAGCAAUACUGGCUGGAAAAUCAGCAGCCAAAAGAGGAGAAUCUGUUCACCAAUACAACCUUGAUUGGCACAAGAAAUAUGAUGAAGAGUUUAAAGCUAAGGAGGCUGCAGCCGCUGCAAAAGCUAAUAAAUGAUGUAAGCUUGUUGUGAACUCAUAUGUUUUAUGUAGACUGUAGUAUAUUCUCGAACACAAAAUGUUUCUUAUAAAAGCUUUAUUAUACACCUUUUAUUAAAAGUUGUAAAUUUUAGAGCAAUUCUGAUUACAGAGUGAUCAAUGUACAAUAUAUAUUAUUAUGUAAAUAAUUUAUUAAAAGUUAAUAAAUGUUAAAUGUGCAAUA